GUGCCGGAAGUGCCGCCAUUUUGGGGUGUUCUGCUCUGGCGGCAGCGGCGGCGGGACGCGGAGGCUCCCACGGGAUUCGGCCUCAGUAGCGAGGCGGCGGCGGCAGCGGCGGCUGCGGAGGCACAGGCAGCAGCUGAGGCAGCGGCGGGCUCAGGUGCAGCCGCUGAGUGAAGACAUAGUCCAGAGAGGGAAGUGUAAAGCUACAGGCUGAACAUAACUUCUUUUUUUCAAAGUUCCCUGUGUUGUGAACUGAGCUUGGGUGAAGUGAAAUCUUUGAGGAAGCUAAAGCUGUGUGUAUUUGUGGAUCAGACAAGUGCAGCAAGUUAAUAUCAUUGGCUUCUGAAGGGGAGAGUGAGGUGAUGGCUGCGUUUAAGUUGGAUUUCCUUCCAGAAAUGAUGGUGGAUCAUUGCUCUUUGAAUUCCAGUCCCGUCUCAAAGAAAAUGAACGGCACCCUGGACCACCCAGACCAACCAGAUCUUGAUGCUAUCAAGAUGUUUGUGGGCCAGGUUCCAAGGACCUGGUCUGAGAAGGACUUGCGGGAACUCUUCGAACAGUAUGGUGCUGUAUAUGAAAUCAACGUCCUAAGGGAUAGGAGCCAAAACCCUCCUCAGAGCAAAGGGUGCUGUUUUGUUACAUUUUACACCCGUAAAGCUGCAUUAGAAGCUCAGAAUGCUCUUCACAACAUGAAAGUCCUUCCAGGGAUGCAUCACCCUAUACAGAUGAAACCUGCUGACAGUGAGAAGAACAAUGCAGUGGAAGACAGGAAGCUGUUUAUUGGUAUGAUUUCCAAGAAGUGCACUGAAAAUGACAUCCGAGUCAUGUUCUCUUCAUUUGGACAGAUUGAAGAAUGCCGGAUAUUGCGGGGACCUGAUGGCCUGAGCCGAGGUUGUGCAUUUGUGACUUUUACAACAAGAGCCAUGGCACAGACGGCUAUCAAGGCAAUGCACCAAGCACAGACCAUGGAGGGUUGCUCGUCACCCAUGGUGGUAAAAUUUGCUGAUACACAGAAGGACAAAGAACAGAAGAGAAUGGCCCAGCAGCUCCAGCAGCAGAUGCAGCAAAUCAGCGCAGCAUCUGUGUGGGGAAACCUUGCUGGUCUAAAUACUCUUGGACCCCAGUAUUUAGCACUUUAUUUGCAGCUCCUUCAGCAGACUGCCUCCUCUGGGAACCUCAACACCCUGAGCAGCCUCCACCCAAUGGGAGGGUUGAAUGCAAUGCAGUUACAGAAUUUGGCUGCACUAGCUGCUGCAGCUAGUGCAGCUCAGAACACACCAAGUGGUACCAAUGCUCUCACUACAUCCAGCAGUCCCCUCAGCGUGCUCACUAGUUCAGCAGGGUCCUCACCUAGCUCUAGCAGCAGUAAUUCUGUCAACCCCAUAGCCUCACUUGGAGCCUUGCAGACAUUAGCUGGAGCAACGGCUGGCCUCAAUGUUGGCUCUUUGGCAGGAAUGGCUGCUUUAAAUGGUGGCCUGGGCAGCAGUGGCCUUUCCAAUGGCACCGGGAGCACCAUGGAGGCCCUCACUCAGGCCUACUCGGGUAUCCAGCAAUAUGCUGCUGCUGCACUCCCCACUCUGUACAACCAGAAUCUUCUGACACAGCAGAGUAUUGGUGCUGCUGGAAGCCAGAAGGAAGGUCCAGAGGGAGCCAACCUGUUCAUCUACCACCUGCCCCAGGAGUUUGGCGAUCAGGACCUGUUACAGAUGUUUAUGCCCUUUGGGAAUGUCGUGUCUGCCAAGGUUUUCAUAGACAAGCAGACAAACCUGAGCAAGUGUUUUGGUUUUGUAAGUUACGACAAUCCUGUCUCGGCCCAAGCUGCCAUCCAGUCCAUGAACGGCUUUCAGAUUGGUAUGAAGCGGCUUAAAGUGCAGCUCAAACGUUCGAAGAAUGACAGCAAGCCCUACUGAGCGUGCUCCCCUCUGAGACUGGAGUGAGAGGGUCUUCUGGCACAGCUUGCCCUGAAGACUCGGCUACUGCCUUCUGUGGGAGUUUCGCUUCGUACAGAGGACAAGUUUGUGCUUUGGUUUCCAGUGUUUUACUUUGGAGUUUAGGUGCCAUAUCCUGAGUUGGUUUUUUUUUUUUUUUUUUUUUUUUUCCUUUAUUUAAAGUUUGCUGUGUUUGUAACCAGUGUGUGUUGAGAAGGACCAACACCAAACCACCCUGGGGAAGGGGGACAGGGAAACAUUUAACACAGACAAUGAUCGGGAUUUGCCCCAAACCACCCCAAAAGAGAGGACUGAGUGGAACAAAAAAGUGACCCCCAGAACCUCCCUUAGUGUGAGGGUGGGUAGAAUGAGAACUGACACCUGGGAGCUGUGGGGAGCAGAGCAGCUUUGGGGGAGAGUGGAGUGACACCUAAUGCCCUGGCAGCUGGAGACUCAAACUUCGGCACAGCUGCCUUCUGGGAAAUAGUUUUUGACACCUAUUUUUCAGAUUCUUGUCCGGAAUUUCUGCCGCUCUUUUCAAAAAAGGGCGUUAACAAUUCUCUGGAAAUAGAGCACCUGUUAGCCUGACAUAUGCAAAAAGCAGGGCGGCAUCACCCAUUACCAGCUCCCCCAGCCAGCAGUCAGUAUUGGAUUGGCCCUGCCUGGCUGGUGGCAGUUUGGGAGAAGCAGCCAAAGAGGUUAGUUUAUUUCAACACCAAAUUAGACCAUGGCCCAUUUCCAACAGGUCUCUUUAAAGAAGGCCUCUAUGGAAUACCUUGCCUGGUUUCCUUCCUUGCAGUUCACCACAGCAAGAAACGUCACCUCCAUCCCAAGUCACAGUUUUCUUAUGAAGGCAAAUCCAAGAAGGGCUUGCAGUUCUUGCUGAAGGGGGUACCACUUGUGGGCAGAGUGAUCAAUGCCAUCUAGUUGGGAGAGGAGGAGCUUGUUUCUUGGUAUACUUGAAUCAGAAGGUCCCUGCAAGCCAGUAUGCUUCAUUUGCCAGUGGCCAGAAAUCCUCCCUUGCCUCCUUGAUUGAGGUGUCCCAGAUGUAGUAUUCCCACAGGGGUCUGGCAGGCCCCUCCUGUAACCACUCCAGUCACAUUUUCUGCUCUUGAGGCAGAGGUGACAUUAGGACGUUUACAGCCUCCACAUGAAUUGAGUGUUCAUUUACCUCAGUAUUACCGUGUUCAUUUUUGUCCUCGUGCUACAGUUAGCUCCCUGCUGCCUCCUGCAGGUCUUACUUCUGCUCUUGCCUGUGACCCACACAGCUUCUGGGCUCUGCCUCUGCUCUAAGAAGUGCUGUGGAGGUAGAGAACCAGGAAGGACAUGCUGUUGGGAAUGUACACCUGGGCAGAGGUGGCCCUGUUAAGAUAUGACUAUAGCCACGGCCAGGGACGGGAUCCCUGGGUCUCUGGAAUCUGAAACCUCACAAAUGCCAGUCUUGACCCCUAGCAGCAGAGAUAAGAAUAAAGGGGUUGGUUUGCUAUUAAGUCAGAUGGGGGCUCUCUCCUUGUCAUGCUGUCCCUGUGGGUAACAGACAGGGAUUGACCAUCUUACUGUUGUACAGGUAGCUGGUGGUGUUGGAUUAUCCCAUUGAAGCUGGGACAGCUGUUCCUUUCUCAUAGUGAUAACUUGGGUCUGUUGUCCUCUAAGGAACGUGAAACAUACACUUCUUAAGCUGAACCACGUAAACUUGAAAUUCUGCGCACUGGGAGAAAUGUGUCCUGUGUUUCAAAGGAUAAAACUGUUCUAAAGGCUUCCAGGGUCAUGAUGGGAUUUUUUAAAUAAAUGCAAAAAAUAAAAAGAAAAAAGAAAAAAGAAAACAAAAAAAAGAAAAAAAUGCUAGGUUGGGGAGGCGCUGUUCUGAAUCCCAACCGGCUGGAACCAAGAAUGUCGUUUCUAUUUUUAUAGAAGUUUUAUACAGCUCCGGGGUGGAGAAUAUUUAUUACCUAAAUUAUAUCUCUGGAAAAGGCCAGGAUUUUGUAGAAUCCAGAAUGUGAUUGUUAUACACACAGGGUGCUGUGUAUGAUUGAAACUACUGACUUUCUGUGGCCCGUUUGCAGCCCAGCUAACCUGCCCAAGGGGAAGGUGUUAAUGCUGUGAAUUGGCAGAGGAGAGAGCUGUGCUCCACAGGGUGCUGCCGGUGCUGUGCUCCCUAGCCUUCUGUUCUGUCUUCCUCCUUAGCCAAAACGUCACUCCCUUCCCACAUCCCCCUCUUCUCUCUGCCUUCCCCCAUCUCACCAUUAUUUGUCCAUGGAUUUGUCUUGGGCUCUGAGACCUUAUGAAACCCCUUUCCUAAUGACAUAAGAGGCCAAGGUGCAAUCCACCCACCUUUGAUACCAGACCCUGAGGGCUUUCAUACCUGCUGAUGGGUUCUCUUAAAAGGAAUUCUUGCCCCAGCAGGGUCCCGGGCUGCUCCAGCAGCCAGCUGGUGAGACCAUGCAUUUCUCUGUUCUCUCCUCCCCCUGCCGAGUGAGUUAGCACAGCAGUAGCACUGCCCUUGAGCACAGUUCUUUCCCCAGGCCAAAGAUGGUUUUGUGAAGAAGCUGCUCCCCUACAAGUCUCAUGUGUGAAAGGGCUCAGCUCAGAGUGGAGACUCGCUGUCAAGUCUUAAGCAAUCCUUUUCUGUUGUGUGAAGGUUUCACUUACAAAGUGUUUUUUGUUGUAGUUUUGUUUCUUACUCGGGUUACAUCAUGAAAUUGAUUUGCCUUGAAUGCAGCCAGACCACUGUCUCCUGGGUUCCACUUGAGUGGCCAGGGCCUGGGUGGAAGCUAAGAGCUUGGAUUUCUGGGAACAAAGGGCCAUCCCCGUAAGAUAAAAGCAGAAAUUCUGGUCCUCUUCCCUGAAAAAUUUUCCCCACCCCAGCCAGCAUCUUCUGCUUCCCCUUGGGUUGUGACCAGGGAGUGGGGAGAGAGGCUGAGGCUCUGCUCCCCUGGAGACCUUCUUCUCUUAGGAGUUGGGCGCUUCAUGGAAAAAUCCAAGCCUUAGGUUCCCUUCUGUCUCUGGCAAUUAGAUGUGUUCUUGGUGUCCUCCAUGUCCUUUUUGACUUUUCCCUGUGUCCAUUGUUAGCAUGUGCAAAAGUUCCCUGUCAUUACCCAAUCCCUGCCCGCCCACCUCAUUUCAGGGCUGUACACACAGUGAGUGUCCUGUUCUCUCUCUCUUUGUUUGGAUGUAUUGCUCUGUGUAACUCAGUGGGUCUCCCUCUUUCUGGUUUGUUUUUUUUUCUAGAUUCCUGCCGUUUGUUCAUCGUUGUGCCUAAAGCAUGUCGAUGUGGCGUCAAGUACAUCGUCCAAAUCCCUGUCUCUUCAGCUUCUCUGAUGCUUGAACUCUCACCUUUGACCUUGUGUUGACCUUUGAUGCUGACGUGUAUUUUUAUUAUGUUUGUUUCUUUCUUCGUUUUUUUUUUCUUUUUCUUUUUUUCUUUCCUUUUUUUUUUUUUUCCCUUUUGUGCUGCCAAAUUGGUUUUGCUAGAACGACUGCUGAAGGGGAAAUAUUUAAACUUGCAUUUGAAUAUAAAAAAAAUCUAUUUUUCUAGAACUUCAUAAGAUAACCACUUGAUUUUGUGAUUCCAAUUCUUUGUAAUUGUCUUCAGAGCAGCCCUACUAGCACAUACCGCGUGGUGUUUGUAUUUCUGUGAACACACAGCCAGUCCGUUUCUAGGCUUUGUUUCUCUGUGUGCUUAGUUUUAAAGACAACUUUGAAGUAAACAAUGAAAUAAAAGAUGUCACUAAAACCUUUGAGGCUCCUGAGCACAUUUUGCUGAUACAGUCUGUGGGGCUUGAGGAGACUGCAUGUAUUGUUCUUUGUUUUUCUUCUGAGUUCUCAACUGCAGAGAGCACCUGAACCCCCUUUCCUUUUUGACCACAGGCUGCAGUUUGGGCCCCAGCCAGCCCUUUUUCUUUUUCUUUUGUGGUUCUUCCCUGGAGCAACUCUGUGGGGAGUCCUGGAUCCCGCCUGCCCCUUCCCCUCAGCCCCAUGCUUGUUCCUAAAGUCUCCACAGCAAAAUGUGAUGCUUUGAUUUUUUGUUGUUGUUUUUGUUUUUGUAUUGUUUUUGUGUUUUUGUUUUGAAUUUUUUCCUUUCCUACUAAGAUUAUGCCCAGAAAAAAGUUUUGCAUGUUUCCUGCUGUUUCUUCACACCUUCGUAUAUAUCACCUUCACCUCUCUGUUUUCUAUAGUUUGUGCAAAAACUGAUCGAUUUAAAAGGGUUUCAAAGAAGCUGUUUUAAAUUGUUGUAGGGUUGAUUAUUUUUUUCAAGAUUGUAUUGUUUUAUUUUGAAGUGGCAACUUUCUCCUCUAUUGCCCUUAGAGCGUUUGCCUGUGCACUUAGACUGUCACUUCGUGUGGCCUCCAGGUCUCAGCAGGGCGUCCAGGAGGCUGGCUGCUCUGCUCAGAGAGGGUGGUAAGGGGGCCUGGGGAGACACAAGAAGCAGAGGUAGAGCCUAGAAGGUGGCAGCAGGUGGGCAAGAGGCUUACUUAGCGCAUUAGGGGCAGUGAGCACCUGGAGGAAGGAGGGCGCUCCCAACCACCCCGUAGUAGGAGGCCAUCUGCGCACCAAGCGGCAGUUCACCUGCUGGCGCUUUUCCUAGGUGACAAGCACAAUACUACAGUCUUCACACUGUUUACAGCCCUGGGCACCAGCCACCCCGCACUGGCUCUUCACCACAGCUCUGCUCUUGCUUAGCUAGUGGGGUGGGGGAAAGGGCAGGGAUUUGUUUUUUAAAUUGGGUGAAGAGCCAAACAGCUACUGUCCCUGGGUGCUGAGCAAGCCAGUUUUUUUGGUUCCCUGAGGGAAACUGACCCUCUUCUCUUGUGGCACCAUCCAGCCUCAGGGUCUUGGAGACUUGAGUAAGAAUGUGAGUGGAGGGGGAGAGGCGAGGAGAGGAGAGGUCACAGGGUGGAUCUGUGGAGGGAAGAGGUUGCAGGGGGAGGAGCUGAUGAUAGAUCCCACCCAGACCUAGGCUGCUGGUGGUGGGUGGGUGAGCUGCGAAGUAGGACUGUCCAGGGAAGGGUGGAGAGAUGUAGCUAGGGGCUGGGGAUGGGGAGGUGGAAGCGCUACUGAGCAUCCUCCACACCAACGUUGAUGAAGGAAGGGAUCCCAGCAGGGUUUCUGCUCUGGGGUUGCCCGGUAUUAUGCCCAAGGCCACUCUGCCUGGGGGAAAGGGCAGCCAGGCAGAGGCCCAGUGUCUGGUAGGCUGCUGAAUUUCCUGGAAGGGGUGAUUGGAUGGAAAGAGGCCAGAAACCCCAGCCUGAGAGACUGCUGUGCGCCCCACAGUCUGACUGCACAGAGCCGCCUCUGUUGGCAGGAGGCACUGAGGCUCCCCUUCCUGUGUAUUGAGAAGCCGUGUUUGCCAAUAUAUUUUGCUUUCAAUUCCAAGAGGAGCUCUGGGAAAACCUGUGGAUAAAACCAAAUGCCAAAUGUUGGACGUUGUUUCCUUUUCCUUUUCUCUCUCUGAUUGUUUUAAUUGUUCUGUGGUGGUUUUAAUGGAUUUGAGACCCUGGAGCGGCAGCUGCCUUUCUGAUUUCCAGCUGCUUUUUGUGAAUAAUUUAAAAAGAAAAAAAAAAAAGAAACUUUACAUUUUGGAGACAAACCUGUGUGAGUUUUUUAUUGGUACAAACGUUGUAUUUAACACUAGGGGUUUUGUACAGUUUUUUGCCUUUUCUACUAGAAAACAAUGUAAAGUGAUUUCACAAUGUGAAGAGAAAAAAAAAUUGCCACUAUGACCAAACGCACAGUCUGUUCUGCAGCAACAACGGGAUUCAAUCAACUCAGUCGUGAUUCAGCCGUAGAAAUGCUUUUCCUUUAUCUUGUUUGAGCUUUUCUUUUCUUUCCUGUUUUGAUUUGCAAAAGAAAAUGUCUUUUUUGUGUGAACUUGUGUUGUACUCUGUAGAAAAUUAUGGAUUUUACUUUAAUGGUUUAAAAAAAGGCAAGAAGAGCUCUCGUCGCUUUUCUUACCUAAUCACAGAGUUUGUGUAGUGAAUUUAAAAAGAAAAAAAAAAUGUUACAAGUUUGGGUCAAGGGAGUAUGUGUUUCAAAGGAAUCUCCUUCCUUUUUUUUGUGUGUUUUUCCUUUUGUCCCAAUGGGGAACCUAAAUCUGUUUUAAUUGCACAGACACACGGACAAAAAGUCAUUUUGUAUCUGCCAAGUGUGGUACCUUCCUUUGUUUAUUUGCUAUUAAACUGUUUGAGAAGAA